AUGAUGGAUUUCAGUGAACAGGAACACGAUCCAUUCUCCAGUGCGAGUCUAUGGAGACUGUCGAGAUUUACAGCAGAGGCUCUACAACCUUUGGACGAAUUACCGUGGAACACGGGCUUGCCUGAUUUUUCAGAAUCAAGCUUUGCAGCCUCUCUCCCUUCAAUCGACAAGAUCGACUCGAUAUGGAAAUUGGACUUCUCAAAUGACAUUGAACCCCCGCAAUCAUCCACCGACUCGAGCCUCGAUGCUUCCAUAGACACCCAAUCCGACACAUCAACAGAUGGUGUACAAAAUACGGACGAAAAAAACGACAUAUGGGCAUUACAUGCGCUCCAAGUCGAGCCGGGAUUUAUAGCCCCUCUCAAGUCAUGGGAGAAAUUCCAGGCCCAGUCAUUUAAAGAACCCGUAUCGGCCUAUUUCAGCGAGUCGGGGACGAGGGGCUUUGAUGCGGCACUGGCAGACCAACUUCGCAUCAAAGGACAGGAAAAUCCCGCCCGACCGGUUCGAGAAGAUUUUUUUGUACAAUCUCUGCUACGUCUAGGUCUCGGUUGGAGUUCCCCGCUUUUUCGCUACAAUCAUCGAACCAAACAAUUCGACAAAUACCUGUCAGAUGUCCGUGUAUCUGGAGUAAGCCAGCCAGUCACUGACUCUAUCAUUGCAGACGUGCUGCGAUGUGGUACAAACAUGCAAUAUGCUCGGACCUUUGCAGGAAAUCUACAUACCAAGUUGAAGGACCUGGCGUCCGUCUUUGCCUUGCGUGAUGCCAUUGCUGUUAGCCUAUACCAUCUGGAGCGCCAAAUCAUCGGCCAUUCAGAUAACGUUGUCUCCCUCUUACAAGCGACCAUAUUGUUCAAUCGCUGCGGAGACCUGAUCGAGGCCUUGGCAGAUAUUGUAAGGGCAGUCGAAAAGGCCAACUCAGAUGCCCAGGUCAUUUCUAUCACAAUGGAUCAUGCAGCGUUCUUUGCCCAGAAGUAUGGCUGGAUGGAAAAUCUAGUGCAAGAAAUUGUUGUUCGGGUGACUGAACCUUGGCUAGCAUUCAUUGAAGGCUGGAUUGGGCUUCGACCCGAGGAAUCAUCACUGAACGAACUGAUAAUUAACGGCAAAACGUUCCUUGAAGUCGAGCGACACGAUGAUCCGACCAAGUUCAAGACUGGUCGCUCAAGGGUUGAAUACUCGUAUCGUCAAGAACAUAUGCCGUCAUUUAUACCUGUUGAUCAGGCGCAGCUGAUUUUCGAGAGCGGCAGAAGUCUGCGAUUGCUUAAAAAGUCACACCCGCAUCACCCUAUUGCUCGGCAUGACGUUCUUGCACGGUCCGGUCAUCUUCAUUUGCACUGUGCGACUACCUGGACAGAGAUUGAACAAAUUCAAAAAAAGGCGCAAGAUUAUGAAGCGAAGCUUCGCGCCGAGAUAUUGAGAUACCAUAGGGGAGAAUUGACAGAGACAACAUUCUUCGAGCCCUCUGCCCAGGACCUUGAGAUUAACAAUGAUGAAAUCGUGGGAAACACUUUUGAACUCUUCGACAUUGACGACAAGAAGCAUGUAUCGGACGUUGCGAUGAAUCAAACAACGCUAUCGAACGACAGGGUCAGUGACAUGCUCCAGAAAGCCAGGGGCGAGCUUGGUUUCAGUGAUGCAGGAACACGUUUUGGGCCUGAGUUGGCAUCCGAGCUCUAUCUAUCAUUUGCUCCAGUAAUCGCAACUCAAGCACAACUCAUUGACUUCUCAUGUCUACAUCAUAUGUUCAAAGAACAUAAGGUGCGACAUCAUUUGAACCUGCAGUGGCGUUUUCAGCUGCUAGGAGAUGGUUCGUUUACAUCACGCCUCUCAAAUUCGCUCUUUGACCCCGAGAUGGAUAGUGGAGAGCGCAAGGCUGGCAAAGUACGCGGUGGUGUUCAUACCGGCUUGCGGCUAGGAAGUCGUGAUACCUGGCCACCUGCAAGUUCCGAGCUACGCCUCGUACUUAUCGGCAUACUUGGGGAUUGUUACUUUUCCGAAACAGAUCCUGGACAGCCCCAGCGGGAUAACGAGCUUCCUGGUGGACUGAACUUUGCAAUUCGCGAAUUAUCUGGCGACGAGAUUGACCGAUGUAAAGACCCCAACACGAUAGAAGCGCUUGACUUUCUUCGACUCCAAUACAAAGCACCGGAGACCCUGGAGACGCUUAUCACGCCGCGGUCGUUGGGAAAAUACGAUCGUCUCUUCAAGCACUUGCUCCGCCUACUUCGCAUGGUAUCUGUUGUUAAAGGGCUAUUCCGCGACUCUACCUUUCGUGACGCAAGAAACAUAUUCCAAAAAUUCAGGUUCGACGCUCAGCACUUCGUCCUCGCUGUCAGCGACUAUUUUUUCCACGUCGGGAUAGGGUCAAUUUGGAGUCGCUUCCAAAGCACGCUUGAUAAGAUCGAGCGUUGCCUUGAUCGCGGCGAUAUAGAUGGCACCCUCGAGGCGGCCCAUUCCGUGCCCCGUCUCCGCGAUUUACACGAAGACAUUCUUGACCAAAUGUUGUUUGCCUUCUUCCUGAGUAAACGACAUGCAGCAGCCGCCAAGUUGCUCGAAGAUAUUUUCAGUACAAUCCUGGCCUUUGGUCUAUUGUCCCGGGCUGGGGGAAAUGAAGGCACUGUCCAUCAUUUGCAUUCUACUUUCCGGAAACAGGUGUCUGCCUUGGUUGCAUACUUGCGUGGCUUGGACACAGGGAAGGGCGCAUCUAAAUCUAUGGCGAAGUCGGCAGGCUUUUUCGGUUCCCGUAACGAGCCAACUAGUGUAUUUGAACAUCUCCGAGUGCGGUUGGAGGUGAAAGAUUAUUAUUGA